CUGUUCCAACUAAAAAUGGAUUUGUUGAUCUGCUUACAAACACUCUCCGCCAUUGUAGUAUGCAUAUACAUCUCCAAACUCUUGAACUGGCUGUGGUUCAAACCAAGAAACCUCGAGAAACGCCUCCGGAAGCAGGGCUUCACCGGAAACUCUUACCGGAUUUUGUCCGGAGACAUGAAAGACAUGAGGCGGAUGAGCAAAGAAGCCGCCUCAAAACCCAUCAAUUUCACCCAUGAUUACACCACCAGAAUCAUGCCAAUCUUCCAUUUUCUUCUCAACAAAUAUGGGGAGAAAUGCUUUUUAUGGUUCGGACCAAGCCCUGCAAUUUUUGUGAUGGAGCCAGAGCUUGUAAGAGAAGUUCUGUCAAAGAGUAAUGUGUUUCAAAAGAUUCCCGGACGUCCCUUUGUUAGAAUGAUAAGUGAAGGACUAGCAACGCUCGAAACGGAUAGAUGGGCCAAGCAUAGGAGACUCCUCAAUCCUGCAUUUCAUGUGAAUAAACUCCAGCAUAUGGUUCCGUCGUUCUACUUGAGUUGUGAUGAGAUGUUGAGCAAAUGGGAUGAGAUUGUGGGAAAUGGAGGAAGUUGUGAAGUGGAUGUGUGGCCUCAUCUUCAGAAAUUGACGAGCGAUGUGAUUUCAAGAACUGCGUUCGGGAGUAGCUAUUUGGAAGGAAGAAAGAUCUUUGAACUACAACAUGAAUUAAUUCAACAUGUUACCGCAGCAAAUCGAUUUUUUUACAUCCCAGGAUACAGAUUUUUGCCAACAAAAAUGAACAAGAGAGUUAAAGAGAUCACCAAGGAAGUGAAAUCAUCCCUGCUAGAUAUAAUCAAUCGAAGAAUGAAAGCAAUGGAAGCAGGGGAAGCUAGCAACGAAGACGUACUUGGGUUACUACUCGAAUCCAAUUCCAAAGAAAUCAAACAACAUGGAAGAAAGCAUGGAAUGAGCAUGGACGAAGUCAUCGAAGAAUGCAAACUCUUCUACUUUUCAGGCCAGGACACAACCGCGUCUCUGCUCGUCUGGACGAUGAUUCUACUGAGCAAGCACACAGAGUGGCAGACUAGGGCAAGGGACGAGGUCCAGCAAGUUUUCAGCACAGGAGACCCUGAUUAUCAACAAUUGAAUAACAACCUCAAAAUUGUAGGCAUGGUCCUACACGAGGUGCUACGACUCUAUCCUCCCGCAUUUAUGCUCGUGCGAAGGGCGCACACAGAAGUUAGGUUAGGGAAUGUGAGUGUACCGGAAGGAGUGCAGCUUAUGAUGCCCUUGGUUUUAUUGCAUCACGACCCCAAAAUAUGGGGCGAGGAUGCAAAGGAAUUCAAUCCAGAGAGGUUUAGAGAUGGCGUGCCUAAUGUCGCGCAGGGGAUGGCCUACUUCCCGUUCAGUUGGGGGCCGAGGAUAUGCAUCGCGCAGAACUUUGCUAUGUUGGAAGCUAAAAUAGCGGUGGCUAUGAUGCUGAAGCGUUAUUCGUUUGAGCUUUCGCCUUCGUAUUCGCAUGCGCCUCACCAAUUUAUAAUCGUACAACCCCAACAUGGUGCUCAUUUGAUUCUUAACAAGCUGUAAAGGGUGUGUACUGAUGGAAUAAAAAUAAGAUUAUGAGAAUAAGAACCAUGAAUUGUUGAAUCGAAAUUAAAUAGCAAUGAUAUCAUAACAUUUUUACACU